CGAGCUUUGACUUGAACAUAGUCUAAAAAUUAAAAAUUGUUGAGUAAAAAAAAUUAGCAAAUAUGUGGUCAUUGAGCAUUCUUCUACCAGUUUUACUCCUAAAUGAUUUCACAUUUGGACAAAAUAUCCGGAACAAAAAUGUCCAUUGUGAUGAGUGGAAUGAAAACACGGAAAAGUACUACGAUUAUCAUUAUGGCUAUUCUAGAAGAUUCAAUACUAAAUAUGAAUGUGUGAUCAGAAAUUAUAAAUUUACCAAUGAUCGUGAAUACUAUAUAGAUAAAAGCCAAAACGUUGAAAAUCUCAAAAUUGUUGAUUCGUUCUUGGAAAAUCUUCCAAUGACAUUGAUGAUCCAUUUGACAUCUUUAAACAAGUUGAUAGUGAGAAACACAACCCUAAGCAACGUAGAUGAAAUAAAUUUUGGAAAUGUUACCGAAUUGGAAUUUUCAUCAAGCAAAAUCGUUUCAAUAAAGAAAAAUACUUUUUCAAAAUGUAAAUAUCUUCAGAGUGUUAAUCUAUCAAAAAACUCUAUAAAAGAUAUAAAUUUCAAUGCAUUUGCAGACAUUAAAAGUUUGAAAACAGUGGAUUUAAGCCACAAUCAAUUGACAAUCUUUAAUCCAGAUCAAAAUUUUCAGGCAAAAAAUUUUUCAAUUAUACUUUCAUUUAACAAACUUUCGAUUAUAAAUUUGAAAAACAUAAGCGAAUUCAAUUGCGGCAAGAUACAUGCUGAAAAUAAUGAAAUCAGUGAGGUGUCUUUAGGAAAUGCAAUUUUGACGCUUGAAACUUUGAAUUUGAACAAUAAUAAAUUAGGCAACAACUUACAGGAUAUUUGCAAAUGUACAAAUUUGUAUCGUCUUUCACUAAAAUCAAACGAUAUUGACAAUAUUGGUUCCUGCUUCUCUCUAAUGAAAUCUCUGAAGUGGAUAGAUCUGUCCGAAAAUAAAAUGUUCUUUUUAGAUCAUGACAAUUUUCACACAAAUAAUGAAAUUGAAUAUCUCAAUUUGUCAUUUAAUCGUUUGGAGACUGUUGAUGAAUACACAUUGUCAAUUUUUAGAAAAUUGAAACAUUUAUAUUUGCAAGGCAAUUUAAUAACAAAUUUCUAUGAAAAUCCAAAAUUUUUGUUGCCUCAAUUGAAAGUAAUAGGGUUAUCCCACAAUAAAUUCAAAUGUUCAAACCUUUUUCUAUUGUUAACAAAAUGUAAAUCAGUAAGUUUGACGAUUUAUGUGGAUAAAACUUUACCAAUAAAUACAACUAAUAUUGAUGGGGUAGCAUGCUAUCGUAAUAAUGAAAGAGAAUUAUUAGAGCAAUCAAAUUCUACAAAUUUUCUUUCUGAUAAAGCAGAAGCGAAGAUAUCUUUUCUUUUGCAAAAAAUCAAUACCUUGGAGAACAAUGUGAAUAAAAUGACUUUGAAGAACAAACAGGAGGAUCAGGAACAAAAACUAUUUAACUUAGAUGUAAACCAUCGUUUUGAAGAAAUAACAAAAAUGUUAAACAAGAAAUUGGAUUUCUUUGAAAAUACUAUUAAAAACUCAUCAUAUGGAAAGAGUGCAAAUAAAAAUGAUAAAAGAGCUUUAACGGAUGCAUGGAAUACCGAAAAUAAUUUCAUUCCUAAUAUUAAACCAAUUGAAAAUGCCUCAAGUUCUUCCUCUUCAAGUAAUACUUUAAUGUUAAUGAUUGUAAUCCUUCUAAUUGUCAUGGUAUCGAUUAAUUUAUUUAUUGUUUUGAGGAAGUACGAUGCAUUAUGCUUUUAUCGUAGAAGAGCUAAUAUUGAAACACCUUUGAGUAAUCUCUCAACAAUAUAAUUAAAAAUCAGCACAAUAUUGCAAUAAGAGUUUUGUAAGACCAAUAAGUUGUUUCUAAGAUUUUGGAUUUGCCUGAAGAAUUUCUGGAAAAUUUUAAAAUUAUCCUCCCAAAUUUAGAGACAUCUCAUUCUUUAAGUUUUAAAUAUGUUUAUCUAGUCCGUUACUAUACUAAGGAAAUUUUCAUUGAUAGGGAAACUGAGGCAAGAAAUCAUUUGAAUAUUUAAAAAUUCAAUAUCUUUAAUAACAAACAGAAUAAUUCUCUCAAGGACUAUCGCAAGCAUUUUUAGGAAUCCUCACCAAAUCAACUUUUAGAUUUACUCAAAAUAAUUAAUAUUUAAUAAUUUUUUUACAAAAAUAUAUUCGAAUUUUUAAUCACUCCAAUCCUGUAGAAGCACUAUCUUUGUGAUUUUUUUGCCCUGACCUCUUCGUUGCAUUGUAUUUUAUUUUAAAAUUAAGACAAAUUUAAGGAAAUUUUAUUAGUUUGUAAAAUUAUGCAAAAAAAUAUUCAUAAUUAUUGUGAAUUUAUGUUAAAUUAAUGCUAUGUUAUUUGAAUUUAGAGAAAACUAUUAUUUUGAAAUAUUCGCGCCAAGAUUGUUCAAAAUAUAAAUAUAAAAAAAUAAAUAAAUAGUACUGUAUUUUGUGUUUGAAUUGUCGAGUUAAAAGACCUAUUAACGGAAAGAUGAUAAGAAACACCAGAUGGGGAAAUGAAAUUAAACUUGACAGAACGCUAUGGUAGAACCAACUUAAUUUUAAUGAUGAAGUAACAUAAUUUCAUAAAAUGUAUUAUAUAUUAGGGGGGUCCAUGAUGCAAUUGGUAAGAGCGUUUGGCUCUUGGGCGGUGAGACCCUCGGCUCGAAUGUCACAGUUGUGAGUCCGAAUCCCUCCCGGUGCAAAUGAUUGAAGCGUCUCAAGAAACAAUAUUUCUCAUAUUCAAUGUAAAGCGAAUAAAAAAAAUUUAAACGUAACAUGUACAAAAUGGCAAUUAAAGCCCGGUACAUCAAAAUAAAUAAAUUAUAAUAAUGUAUUAUAUAUUCAAUUGAGUAAUUAUGCGAAAACAUAAUAUAGUAUAGCGGCAUAACACUUCACAAAGUAAAUCUAAUUUUUGUUUAUAUUGCUGUAAUCAUGUUACUUAUUUUCCAUAAAUUUAUAUCCCAAAUUUGCAUUUAAUUAAUACAAGCUCAGGAGAGAAAACACAUAUAUAAGAGACAUGAAAGCCUAGAUCAACUUAUUAAAGAUAAAAUUUUUAAAGUGACCUUACUUGGAAUACAUUUAAAUUCGAUUUAGAGAUCAAAUUAGAGGAUGUAAUGCAGAAUUUUAGAGCUAUAUUUCUGAAAUAAAUGCAGAUUUUGAAUUUAAACCAAAGUAUAUAAAGGAAAAUACAUUCUCUAAGUGUAAAUAUCUUCGAUUCAUUGAUUUAUCUGACAAUAAAAUUGCAUAUAUAUCGAGAAAUUCGUUUAAUGAACACGUUGAAGAAAUUUAUCUUUCAAUAAACUCCUUAAAAGAAUUAAAUUAUAAUAUUUUUGCUGACAUUAAAAGCUUGAAAACACUGGAUUUAAGCGACAAUCAAUUGACAAUCUUUAAUCCAACUGAGAAUUUUCAUGCAAAAAAUUUUUCAAUUCUACUUUCAUUUAAUAAACUUUCGAUUAUAAAUUUGAGAAACAUAAGCGAAUUCAAUUGCGGCAAGAUACAUGCUGAAAAUAAUGAAAUCAGUGAGGUGUCUUUAGGAAAUGCAAUUUUGACGCUUGAAACUUUGAAUUUGAACGAUAAUAUAGGCAACAACUUGCAGGAUAUUUGCAGAUGUACAAAUUUGUAUCGUCUUUCACUAAAAUCAAACGAUAUUGACAAUAUUGGUUCCUGCUUCUCUCUAAUGAAAUCUCUGAAGUGGAUAGAUCUGUCCAAAAAUAAAAUGUUCUUUUUAGAUCAUGACAAUUUUCACACAAAUAAUGAAAUUGAAUAUCUCAAUUUGUCAUUUAAUCGUUUGGAGACUGUUGAUGAAUACACAUUGUCAAUUUUUAGAAAAUUGAAACAUUUAUAUUUGCAAGGCAAUUUAAUAACAAAUUUCUAUGAAAAUCCAAAAUUUUUGUUGCCUCAAUUGGAAGUAAUAGGGUUAUCCCACAAUAAAUUCAAAUGUUCAAACCUUUUUCUAUUGUUAACAAAAUAUAGAUCACAAGGUUUGACGAUUUACGUCGAUAAAACUUUACCAAUAAAUGCAGCUAAUAUUGAUGGAAUAACAUGUUUUAGUACUGAUGAUAAAGCUGAUGCAGAAAUUCUUUCAAUUUGGCAAAAAUUCAUUACAUUAGAGAAGAAUAUGAAUCAAAAAAUGCAUGAGGAACAGACCACAAGACUAAUAGAAAGUGUUUCAGAAUCUCCAAAUUACAUUAUUUUGAUAUACUUUGUGUUCCUUUCUGUUGUAACACUGACGAUUUAUUACGCAGUAAAAAAAUGUGUAAAAUUUUAACACUAUACAAUUCAUUAUGUUUGUAAGGGUAAAUAUUGAGACACUUUUGACUAAUGUCUCAACAAUCUAAUUAAAAAUCAAUUUGACCAAUGAGUCGUUUCUAAGAUUUACCUCAACAACUGUUGGGGACCUUUUGAAAAUAUUACCUGUAAAAUGGUUUCAAAUUUAUUCCUGGAUUUUUUUCCAUCGGAAUAAGUGCAACAUUGUACCACGAUGUAUGCUGGAUAGUUAAGAUGUAAUAAAAGUAACAAUAAAAUGUCAAUUUCCUGCAGAAAGCAUCA